UCUAUCCAAUGCUUUAGUGAUGAUGCUGCUGAUCUAUUUGGGAAGUUGGCUGGCUCUCAAGGCAGAGUCUCUUCUCAAAGGCUGUUUCACAGUGAAAAUAUGCUCAGUGCAGCCGAGUGCAUGAAUGAAAAAGCCUCUGGUACCUUCUAGUCUGGCAAAAUGCAGCACAAAACUCAACUUACUCUGUCUUUUCUGCUGUCCCAGGUUCUGCUGCUUGCAUGUGCAGAAGAUUUAGAAUGUGUCCCUGGAUUCCAGCAGAAGGUUUUUUAUAUAGAAAAGCCAUUUGAAUUCACAGAGGACCAGCUGGUUCUGAACCUGAAAUUUGAUGACUGCAAGGGGAACAACAAAUUGAACUUUGAAGUUUCUAACCCAGACUUUGCAGUGGAACUUGAUGGGAAUUUGGUUGCACUCAAGAACGUGUCAGAAGUUGGCAAAGCCUUGUUCGUCCACGCGCGGUCGGAGCACGCCGAGGACAUGGCAGAAAUCUUUAUUCUUGAAGCAAGUGAAAAACGUGGUGCAUUAAAGGAAAUCUUAAAAAUAGAAGGCAACCUUGGAAUUCCAAGACAAAAAAGGGCUAUUUUGGCAGCUCCAAUAUUAAUUCCUGAAAAUCAAAGACCUCCAUUCCCCAGAUCAGUUGGCAAGGUCAUCAGAAGCGAAGGCACUGAGGGAGUGAAGUUUCGGCUCUCUGGGAAGGGAGUAGAUCAAGACCCCAGAGGAAUUUUUAGGAUCAAUGAGAUGAACGGGGACGUGUCUGUGACCCGAAGCCUUGAUCGAGAAGCAAUCGCCAAUUACGAGCUGGAAGUUGAGGUUGUGGACACAAAUGGCAAAACCAUUGAUGGCCCAGUCCGCCUGGAGAUUGCGGUCAUCGACCAGAACGACAACAGACCCAUGUUCAAAGAGGGGCCCUACGUGGGGCAUGUCAUGGAGGGAUCUGCCACAGGAACCACAGUGAUGCGCAUGGCAGCGUUCGACGCCGACGACGCCAGCACGGAGAACGCGCAGCUGCGCUACAACAUCCUGAGACAGACCCCCACCAAACCCUCCCCAAACAUGUUCUACAUCGACCCAGAGAAGGGAGACAUCGUCACCGUGGUGUCCCCUGCGCUGCUGGACCGGGAGACUAUGGAAAGCCCAAAGUAUGAGCUGGUUGUAGAAGCCAAGGACAUGGGUGGGAUGGAUGUGGGACUGACAGGCACAGCCACUGCCACCAUUCUCAUUGAUGACAAAAAUGACCACGCACCAGAAUUCACCAAGAAGGAGUUCCAGGCCACGGUGAAGGAGGGGGUCACAGGUGUAAUAGUGAACUUAACUGUGGGCGACCGCGACGACCCCGCCACCGGGGCAUGGAGAGCUGUCUACUCCAUCAUUAAUGGGAACCCAGGGCAGAGCUUUGAGAUCCACACCAACCCCCAGACUAAUGAGGGAAUGCUCUCUGUUGUCAAGCCUUUGGACUACGAGAUUUCAGCCUUCCACACGCUGCUGAUCAAGGUGGAAAACGAGGACCCGCUGAUCCCAGACAUUGCCUACGGCCCCAGCUCCACAGCCACCGUGCAGAUCACGGUGGAGGACGUCAACGAGGGCCCCGUGUUCCACCCAAACCCCAUGGCAGUGACCAAGCAGGAGAACAUCCCCGUGGGCAGCGUGGUGCUGACGCUGAACGCCACCGACCCCGACACGCUGCAGCACCAGACCAUCAGGUAUUCAGUGUACAAGGACCCAGCAGGGUGGCUGGAAAUCAACCCCACCAAUGGCACGGUGGGCACCACGGCAGUGCUGGACAGGGAAUCUCCCUUUGUGCACAACAACAUCUACACUGCUCUGUUCCUGGCCAUCGACAGUGGUAACCCUCCUGCUACAGGAACAGGAACUUUGCACAUCACCUUGGAGGAUGUCAAUGACAAUGUCCCAUCCCUGUAUCCAACACUGGCAAAAGUUUGUGACGACGCCAAAGAUCUCAGGGUAGUGGUUCUAGGAGCCUCAGACAAGGACCUGCAUCCCAACACAGACCCUUUCAAAUUCGAGCUCAGCAAGCAAUCCGGCCCAGAAAAGUUGUGGAGAAUCAACAGGCUUAACAAUACCCAUGCCCAGGUCAUCCUGCUUCAGAACCUGAAAAAGGCCAAUUACAACAUCCCCAUCUCAGUGACAGAUUCUGGAAAACCUCCUCUGACCAACACCACAGAACUGAGAUUACAAGUGUGUACCUGCAAGAAAUCCAAAAUGGACUGCAGUGCAACUGAUGCUCUCCACAUCAGCCUGACCCUAAUCCUCCUUUCACUCCUCAGUUUAUUUUGUCUGUAAGAACUCCUGCCAUUCGAAGCUGUCCUACCGAGUUGCCACAGCAACGAGAAGAAGGAAAAAAAAAUAACAAAAAACCAUCAGAUCUGAAGAUUGCAGUUUACAAUUACUGUUCUUCACUCCUCGGCCUCAGUUGCUCCAGUUUAGUUUGCAAUCUCACUCAAUCUGUACCUUGGUGUUCGACAGCCUCCACCCCUGUGCCCCUGGAUUCCUCCUGCAGGACACAAGGUUUACUCCAAAUUUUCUCUGAAUGUUAAAAGACCAUGACAUCCAAACCCGACCUCGGGGGAGCAGAAAAAAACACAAAAAACAAACCAACAAACCAGAUUGACUCCAUUUUUUUCUAUCUGUUGACUUGUUGCUAUUCAACUGUUCAGAAAAUAUUUUGUCUGUGGGUUAGUAUUUGUAUAUGUAUGAGUGUAUGUAUAUAUAUAUAUUUAUAUAGAGAGAAGAGUUAUACCACAGGUUUAGCUUUUAUAAAAUGUUCAUCUGGAGCAUGAGAAGGGAGGGAGCAGGAUGACACAGCCACAGAUGAAUUGUAGCUGUCCCACCAUGGCUAAACCUGCUGGGUUUGCUGCUCGGAGCGUGGCCAGCAGCAGCGAGCCCGUGGCCACCCCGAGCUCUGCCCUGGCCCUUCUCGUACCUCAGGUUCAGCAAACAAGAAAUGCAAGUCCCUGGGGCUUGUUGCUGAUGUGAGCUGCUCUCCCUGGGCCCCAGAGGGAGUUGAGGAUGCAGGAGGAGCAGCCAAGGGUGAGCUCAGCCUGGCUGGAGGGGCUGCAGCAGCGCUGGGGCAGGUGACAAAAUGAUUUCAUCAACUCUGCAGGUGAGAGCUGUGAUCUCUCUGAGCCUCUGUGCAUGAGCAGCACAGGUGCCCUGGUCUAUAAACCCCCUCACAAACACACAAAUCCAUGCCUUUGGGUAUAUAUAUACAUACAUACACACGUACACACAGUUUCCAGUUAAGAGUAACAAGAGCAUUUCUUUGUGUGUGUGAACUUACCACACCUGUUUGCAGACAUGGGAAAAAAAAGGGUGUUUGUUCUUUAUGAAUAUGGAUCCUUUUUUAUUCUGUGAGCAUGUAAGGUCAAAAAAAAAAAAUUCCUUCUAACUGUACGAAGAUGAUCAUCUUGUUAAUAAACUGUAAAUGAUCCAUCAAAGCUCACACCAAAUUUUUAUAAAAUUAACACAAAAAGUAUACUAGUGACAGACUGUGGCUUUUAUUAGAGCUUGCCAGUAACUAGGGUAAGGUAAGUGUCUUAGAAUAUUUUAAUAAACUUGCUUAUUUAAAGUUUAAACAAGAAAGCUUCCUUAUGCAAUAGAACUUUGCAGCUGCAUUCUUUAGUUAGCAUUUUUACAGUACUUAUGGGUCAUACUCAAUCAUCCUUACCACAGUGAGAUUAUGAGCAUACCUUCCACACCACCUACAUGUUUCAAUAGUAAAGAUUUUUGGAAACAUUAAAAAUAAGUCCAGACAUACAUUCAGUUUCCCAUAAUGCUACACUAGAUAUUAAAUGUGUGUUGGUGGUUAAAAUUUGCUGUACAAUAGCUUUUCUCUGACUUCCUGUAUUGUACCAAAUAUAAAACAGGUUCUUUUUUUUUAUUCCCUUUUUUUUUUUUAAUCAAAAGGAGUAAUAACAACAGCGACAGAGGAAAAAUGAGUUUGUGUUGUGAGCUCUCCUAACCUGGAGAUUUCUUGAUAAGAUAUGAGCUGCCUUCAGACCUUUUCUCUUCCAGCUUAACUCCUGCAGUCCUGACCGAGUGCAAUCCGUCCCUGGUGCCUCUGUGUCACCAAAGUGGCACUCCAGGCUCAGUGGGAGCAGGUCAGGGACACCAGGAGUGGCUUUGGCAGCUCCAGGAUCCCAGCAGGGAAGUGCCUGAUCCCAAACACCAACAGGGGCACCCUUCUCAUCCUCCCUCCCUGCCCAUGCCUUGUAUUGACCCCACCUGCUGCUUUGCCAUCAACAACCACGUCUUUUUUUAUUCAAAUAUAUAUAUAUAUAUAUUAUUUUCAAGCAAAUUUUUUCCAAAAGGAAUGAUUUAACUACUGUGUGGCACCUCUGGAAUUCCAACGUGUAUGUUCAGUGAAUGCACCCAAAGAUAUUCUGCACCCUGUGCUUUGAGCUACAAAACCUCUAUCUUGAAUAAAAGAAAUUAUAUUACCCUCCCCCACAAAUACUCUUUUCUACUUGCUUUUUUCCUCUCUCCACCCAGCCAAACCCACCUCUGGAAAGAUCCCUUUGUCUUUGUCAUUUCUGUCAAAGGCCAGAAAAGUCUGCCCUUCCCUGCUUUAAACCAAAGCUCACAGAGCAUUUGGUGAAUCAUUCCAAGGGCAGCCAAAAGAACAAAGAGAAAAUUCUUCUGCCUGGAGCUGCACUAACAAGGGGAAGACUCUUCCCACCACCCUGUGCCCAAGGAUAAGAUGUUUAUUCUUGGAUCCACUGCACGAUUUUGAUGUGCAGAGAGGUCAGAGUCUGGCUGAAGCUCUGCCUGAGGUGCAUCCAGGGCUCCAUCCCCAUUUUCCCUUUAUUUCUGCUCCCACAUUGAAGCCUCCCAGCCUUUCCCAAGUGUCCCAGGCUCCACAGGGAGCCCAUCCCUGGCCUGCCCAAGCCUGCCAGGAGAAGAUGAAGCUGCCAUGUGAAUGUUUCUCCCCAUUUAGCACAGACUUUAGCACCUUCAUAGUGUGACACCAGCGAGGAGCCACAGCAGAAUCUGAGUUUUCCUGCCUGAAUAAAGGGUGUCACCUCUGGCUCAAAACACCCCUAAUGUCCAUUUCCUGAAACAAAACAGCAACAAUGAUUUAUCCAUUUUUCUACAAUGAAAAAGCAGAACAUUUACAUAAGUGGUUGUAUUCUUUUCUAAUAGUUAAUCAUGUUUAACAUUUGUUCAGCCAAGCUUGCUGUUUUUAUAACAUACCCCUUAUUCCUGCUCAGCUAUUUUAGUCCCACCAACAUUUAUUUCACUGUGUUUGUAGAUAUACAAAUGCUGUCUAGAGUUGGAAAGGCAGUGAACUUGAUUGUCUUUUGUAACAUGCACAAAACUUUUUAUUUGUAAAAGUCAUUUCACUUGAAAAGGCAAUGUGCUGUUAAAACAAAAAUCGGGAAUAGCAAUCAGGAGAGGAGUUUAUUAGCAAGAGAAAGGUCUCACUUUUGGUGUGCUUGCUAAUUGACCCCUGCUCUGUGUGUGCUUUUCCAAUAUGCCUGUGUGCAUUGAUUAAUGUCCAUUUUGUUCAGUAGCUGUAGUUCUGAAGAGUGAAAAAAGAGAGAAAGGAGCUGAAUUUCCUGCUGGGUGUGGAGGAAAAUUAGGUAAGGGUGGAACUCUGGUAACACUCCCUGAACCCUGUUCUCAUCUGCUGGUAAUCAAACAGCAGCUCCAUCACCAGAGCUGAGAUUCAGUUCAUCAGAUUUAGGUGAAAUUUUACCUCCCCAUAUGUUGAUUUUUGCUGGUUGGCUGUGAACAGACAUGCUGCAGUGUUUGUCACAGGAUCAGAAUUCUGAGGUUGGGAACACCCAGCCACCCACAGGUCACUUGUGCCCUUCUCUGAGCGUCUGAAGGUGUCCCUAAGGCUCCCAGAACAGUUUGGUUUAACCUUUAUUUGAAAUGGAUGGGGUCAAAUAACUUAUCCUGUUCUCUUACAUAGCUGUUUUUUGAAUCACUAUAAUACAAACCUCAUCUAUUAAAUUAUGGACCUAGAAGCAGUUUGUAGGGCCCUAUCUUAAAUGCCUUAUCACUACAAAAAGACAUCUAUUACAUUGACAACUUUUGUCUUUCCUUUACAAAAGCCUCUUGUCUGAAAAACUGAGAAAGUUGCCAACUCUCAAAUGUUACUAAUUCACUCGGAGCAGAAUUCUGUGUACAAAUAAUUUUGCAUCACUUGGUCUAAAGGCUAAGUUGCUUUUGAAAUAGGUUUAAAAAUGUCUUAUUUAAUUAAAAAAGAAAUUAUAUUAAAGUCACAUUGGCUUGAGAACACCAAGUCUAAAGCAAAGCUCUGCUCCUGUCUUGCCUUCAUUGCAUCUCUAGAAACUCUGUUGUCUGAGAGAUCCAGCCCAAUGCUAACACAAAGAAAAAUAAAAGAGCAAUUAUUUCCUUUCAGUUAACUCCAUGCUCUAUAAUCUUUGGAAGUAGCAUGCAGUGCACAUUAGCAAUUAUCAUUAUAAGUAUUCUCUUUACAGCAGAUAGAGCUGAGUUUUUCCUACACAAAGCACAUCAGCCACUGCCUGCCCUGCCCUGCCUCUCACCAGGACACACGAGCUGCUCUGGGCUGUCCCAGUGGGAUGGAUGCACUCCCCCCCUCUCUGGAAAGUUUCUGGUUGCACAACUGCUAUGUGUGUAUAUAUGUAGAUAUAUAGAGAUAUACACAUAUAAAUAUAUAUAUAAAAUAUAUGCAGGUGGGAGGAGAUUGAUACAACAUGGGGACUUGGAAUAAGCAGUUGAAUUCCCUCAGUUAGGGGUGAAUUCAUGAGAUAAGGGACAGCAUGGGCUACAUGCACUGAACCAGUCUGAUUUAAAGCCAAUCAAAAAGG